AUGGAGGGCUCAGCGAAAAGGGCUCUGGUUGCCAUGGAGACGCAGGCUCCCGCAGAAGGAGGAGGGGGAAAUGGAGGAGAGGGCUUCAGCAGCGUCCGCCGGCGGAAGAGGCGACGGGAGGGCGCCAUGGACACGAGCGAGGGACCCCAGCCCAGGAAGCGGCCCGACUUCCCUCCUCUGCGCGGAGAGGCCCUCGGGGGUGGAAAAGAUGAAAUGAGGAAGCUUGCUGUGCCAGCACACAGAUAUACACCUUUGAAAGAGAACUGGAUGAAAAUAUUUACACCAAUUGUAGAACAUUUGCUACUUCAAAUUAGGUUUAACUUAAAAACAAGGAACGUAGAGAUAAAGACAUGCAAAGAAACCAAAGAUAUAAGUGCAUUAACGAAAGCAGCUGAUUUUGUGAAAGCUUUUAUACUUGGAUUUCAAGUAGAGGAUGCUCUUGCCCUGAUCAGAUUAGACGACCUUUUCCUAGAAUCCUUUGAAGUAACAGAUGUGAAACCUUUAAAAGGAGAUCAUCUUUCUAGAGCAAUCGGAAGAAUUGCUGGAAAAGGUGGAAAAACAAAAUUCACAAUUGAAAAUGUAACAAGAACACGGAUAGUUCUUGCAGAUUCGAAAGUUCAUAUUUUAGGGUCUUUUCAGAAUAUCAAAAUGGCACGAACAGCAAUUUGUAAUCUCAUUUUAGGAAGUCCUCCAUCAAAAGUUUAUGGAAAUGUAAGAGCAGUGGCCAGCAGAGCAGCAGAAAGGUUUUAAUACUGAGGAUCUGAACCUUCCAAGAUUUUCAACAUAAUGACUUUUACACAGAAGCAGACUCUCAAGAAUAAACCGGUGGCAGAUCGCAACUCUAGCAUGAAUUGUGGAGAGACAGUGCUGCAACAGCAUCCUCAAGGCCUACUUUCUGACUAUAUAAGAACUGAUGUGUAAUAAAAGGUGGUGGAAGCAAACCUA